AUGCGGCCGCGACUUCCCGACACCAAACUCAAACCGGCCGCCGCACCACCACGCCGCCCGCCUCCUCCUCCGGCAGCCGCCCGCCUCCUCUCCACCGCCGCGCCACCUUCCGACCCAUGCCACCUCCAGCAACAGCAGCAGCAGCAGCAGCUCGACCUCGAUGACCACAUCGCCCGGGGCGACCUCACGCGCGCCCGCCACCUGUUCGACCGAAUGCCGGACCCGGACGCCCGCGCGUACAACUCCCUCAUCCGGGCCUACUCCUGGCGCGGCCCCGCCCACGCCGCCGGCGCGCUCGCCCUCUACGCUGCCAUGCUCCGCGACGCCCGCUGCCCGCCCAACAAGUACACCUUCCCCUUCGUCCUCAAGGCCUGCUCCGCCCUCCAGGACCUCCGCGCGGGCCGCGCCAUCCACCGCCACGCCGCCCGCGCGGGCCUCCACGCCGACCUCUUCGUGUGCACCGCCCUCAUCGACCUCUACAUGAAGUGCGCCCGCUUCGUCCCUGCCGCCGCCGUCUUCCACGCCAUGCCCGCCAGGGACGCCGUCGCGUGGAACGCCAUGCUUGCCGGCUACGCGCUGCACGGCAUGUACCACCACGCGCUCGAGUGCCUCCUCCGCAUGCAGGAGGGAUGCGCCAGCCUCAGGCCCAACGCCUCCACCCUCGUCGCCCUCCUCCCGCUGCUCGCCCAGCAGAGCGCGCUCUGUCAAGGAAAGUCGGUGCAUGCCUACAGCGUCCGUGCCUCUCUCCACGACAAGGACGGGGUGCUCGUCGGCACCGCGCUGCUGGACAUGUACGCAAAGUGCGGGGAAUUGCUCUACGCACGCAGGGUCUUCGAGGCCAUGCCCAUCAGGAACGAUGUUACUUGGAGCGCCAUCAUUGGAGGUUUUGUGGUUUGCGGCAGGAUGACGGAGGCCUUCGGUCUGUUCAAGGACAUGCUGGCACAAGGACUGGGCUUCCUUUCCCCGACCUCCGUCGCCAGCGCUCUCAGAGCCUGCGCCAGCCUGGCUGAUCUCCACAUCGGUAAACAGCUUCAUGUCUUGCUUGCGAAAUCUGGCCUCCACUCUGACCUGACCGCCGGGAACUCGCUCCUCUCGAUGUAUGCCAAGGCUGGGUUGAUCGACGAAGCUACUGCCCUUUUUGAUGAGAUGGCGGCCAAGGACACGGUCUCUUACAGUGCGCUCGUAUCAGGAUAUGUGCAGAAUGGCAUGGCGGAUGCAGCGUUUCUCGUCUUCAGGAAGAUGCAGGCCUGCAACGUACAGCCGGAUGUUGCCACAAUGGUGUCACUCAUCCCAGCGUGUGCACACCUGGCGGCUUUGCAGCAUGGCAAGUGCAGCCAUGGUUCCGUCAUAGUUCGUGGAAUGGCACCAGAGACCUCUAUCUGCAAUGCCUUGAUGGAUAUGUAUGCAAAGUGUGGAAGGAUUGGUCUCUCCAGACAGAUCUUUGAUGUCAUGCCAGCUCGGGAUAUUGUGUCGUGGAAUACUAUGAUUGCGGGAUACGGAAUCCAUGGUCUCGGGAAAGAAGCCACUGCGCUGUUCUUGGACAUGAACAAUCACGCUUGUGAACCUGAUGGCGUCACAUUCAUUUGCCUAAUUUCGGCGUGCAGCCAUUCCGGGCUCGUGACUGAAGGGAAACGCUGGUUUCACAUGAUGGCACAUAAGUAUGGUAUAACUCCAAGGAUGGAGCACUAUAUCAGCAUGGUUGAUCUUUUGGCGAGGGGGGGUUUCCUUGAUGAAGCCUAUCAGUUUAUCCAGAGCAUGCCAAUGAAAGCAGAUGUUCGUGUAUGGGGAGCCUUGCUUGCAGCUUGCCGGGUUCAUAAGAACAUCGAUUUAGGAAAGCAAGUAGCUAGGAUGAUCCAGAAACUAGGACCUGAGGGGACUGGUAACUUUGUUCUGUUGUCCAACAUGUUCAGUGCCGCUGGGAGAUUUGACGAGGCAGCAGAAGUUCGAAUAAUACAGAAGGAGAAGGGGUUCAAGAAGAGCCCUGGCUGCAGUUGGAUCGAGAUAAAUGGCUCUCUGCAUGCAUUUAUUGGCGGGGACAGAUCUCAUCCACGGUCACCUGAGAUAUAUCAAGAGCUGGAUAACAUCCUGGUAGAUAUUAAUAAAUUGGGUUACCAGGCUGAUACAAGUUUUGUUCUCCAAGAUCUUGAGGAAGAGGAAAAGGAGAAGGCGCUUCUUUAUCACAGCGAAAAGCUAGCAAUAGCUUUUGGUGUCCUCACACUUAGUGAAGAUAAGACCAUUUUUGUUACGAAGAAUCUCCGUGUGUGUGGAGAUUGCCAUACUGUUAUCAAGUACAUGAGCUUAGUCAGGAGAAGGGAUAUAAUCGUCAGAGAUGCCAAUAGGUUUCAUCAUUUCAAGAAUGGGCAAUGCAGCUGUGGAGAUUUUUGGUGA